AUGUCGACGCCCCGCAAGAACGAUUUCUCGCUGGCGCGUCAAAAUAAUCAUCUUCACCAAUCUCCCUUUGGACACGCCCGCGAAUCUAACUACGACUUCGAUCUAGACGCCUUCCCGUCUAAACAGAAUGGGACGCGUUCUCGACAUACCUUUCGUACCGGUACUCUAGCUGGCGCAUAUCGAGCUGCUUCGCAUGCAAGCAUGUCCGAUGACGGCGCGCCGCUAGGCUCAACUCCCAGUCCUCGGCGUACCCGUGAGCCGUUUGUUCAACGCUCCCCGUUAUCUGAGACCUCGAACCCACUCGAGGGCUUCACGGAUGUUUAUCGAAGGUUAGAAGAAGAUGGCACGAUAGCUGACCAUGUCAUACAUGAUGAUUGGGAUGCUAUUCCCGUGGCGCGUCCAAGAAAUCGCCUCAAUCGGAGAGAGGGAUCCCAAAGUCGGGAUUCAGGGUCGCAUAAUGGACACUCAUACUCAGACGCAGGUCUGGGUCUAGUCGAUGGAACUGGAGAUUACCCAUCGCAUUCUCCAAGGAGAACUACCGAUUACAGCAGGGAUGAGCAGCGACUACGACGUGUGACGGGCAAGGAUUCUCCAAUCUUCAGCAAAGCAAAGGGUGGACGGGCGGCUCUCACCGCGGAUAAUUUACAGCGACGAGAGGAACAGGUCGAGCAGGACACAUUCGUGUCCGAGGAUGAUGGCGAGCGCGGUCCGUCUUUAAAUUUUCCGCGGACCUGGGGUAGUCGCGCGGCACGGCGGCACGAUUGGACUAGAAACGUCAGCGGAAGCAGUGCCUCAGACACACAGGAGAACACCGAGCAUAAAGAGAACCAGAAACACGCUGGAUACUCGAAAUCAAAGGCAGAACAGACCGUCGCAUCCAGAUCCACGGCCAUUGACCCAACCGCUUCAAGAACAGCCCUGAGAAACCGAAGCGCCUUGGGGGAACGCAACACUAAUCCCCAUGCCGAUGAAAAGACCAAGAACGAACAAAAGUCUAGCCUGGACCAGAUUGCAGCACCAAGCAAUGGUGCCCCGAUUCCCAACACACCUAUCGUGGUUUACAAAAACUCUACUUUCACCAAACCAAACACCACAAAGCGAGAUUCUCAAGAAUUAUUACGGAAACUUUCAAGGGCUGAGAGCCCCAAAUUAGAAUCGAUGCAGACACCAGAGCCAGUGAAACUUUUCGAGAGAAAGAUCUACGACAAGACGCCCAGAGUCACGGGAGCAUGGAUUGACACUCCUGUGACUGAGCGGAUGGCUCAAAUACCGAGUGAUCUUACCAAAGACAUCCUUCCACCGCCGGCAUCAAAAGAGGGCGAUGGGCCGAUCCAGCAGACACAACCGCCUGCGAAUCCGCCUGUGGAGGUCGAACCAAAAAUUGAAGAACCAAGUCCAGAGCCUAAAAAACAGCAGGAGACAGUUUCCGAUGCUGAAGUGAACAAACGAUCAAGACCGCCCGUUCUUCGACCCAAGCUACCAAAGAGUGGCCUCGAAACAGUUAUGGAAGAUAUGAAGUCUGGCAAAGAAGAUCUGGACUUGAGUGACGAUACCAUUGAAUAUCUUCACGCUAUAAUGGAUGGUCAGACCGAUCUCACCGAGGAGGAGGAAGCCGCUGCAAAAGAGCAGGAAAUAGUUGAAGGUCUCCAAAAAGGCGACCCGAACAGCUUUCCUUCCGUGGACAUGGAUAGAUUGCAUGAAAAGCUAUCCUCUUUGGCAAGAAAUAUCACAGAGGUGAAGAAGGGCCUCAACAUUCUCCGAAAGGAUGGCCUCCAGAAAGCUGCCCCGGGUGGUAGCCAAUUCAUACCCUCUGAUGGUCGCGUCUACGCCGCCAUCCCACUUCCCCGUUUGUGGAAGCGAAAUCACGUAUCUGGGCGUCGCCAACUUACCAUGCUUGGUUGGGUCACUUUCGUGUCACUGAGCUGGUAUGUCAUCGAAUGCUCUAUGUGUGAGGCAUACUCCCACCCCAUCUUCUCCGACACCUGCGACGGCUACUGCCUACGACCUGAUGCACCCGUAUUUCCCUUUGUCACGGUAACAAUGCUCUGGCGGUGGUCCCACCUAUCAACAUUAUUAGGCCCACUCAUCACCAUUGGCGUGGCUUUCUUCCGUCUCGUUGCGCAGCUUCUGGGUCUAUGGGAUGGUUAUGUAGAUGAGCCUCAGCUUGGCUUAGGCAAACUCAUAGGAGAGAUUCGCAUCAACGGCACUUCCGUCUCAUUUCCCUGGUUGUCGCCGCCCAGUACAAAGAACAUUGCGCCAGCACCUCCAUCAAUCCCACCUCAGGAGCCACGAGGACCCGUGUGGACACCACGUAAUGAGGCUCCUGCUCGGUGGGAAGAGGAUCAGCCGUCGAUGGAUGAUGAUGAAUUUCUAUAA